UACAGCCAGCCUUAGUAUAAGAAAUAGGGAAACCAAAGGUGUUCGUACUAAAAAAAUUUGACCUUGAUCAGCUUCAGCUGUCCACUUCCCUGCAUCGAUUACCCUAGGCCACACCCGGAAAAUCAAGAAAUGCCAAGAAACGGGGAAGCAGAGGAAGCAAUUAUAGCUCCCCUUUUGGAAGUCACAGCUUCAACUGUCAGAGACCACUAUCAUGAACGUCAACACCAAGUUCUUGCACAUAAGGUGUGGAUAGAAUCAAAGAAGCUCUGGCACAUAGUUGGUCCUGCAAUAUUUAGCCGUAUUUGCUCUUUCUCAAUGUUUGCAAUCACCCAAGCCUUUGCUGGCCACCUUGGUGACCUUGAGCUGGCCGCUAUCUCUAUUUCUACCACUGUCGUUGUUGGCUUCAACUAUGGUCUCUUGCUGGGGAUGGCAAGCGCUUUGGAAACGCUGUGUGGGCAAGCUUUUGGUGCCAAGAAGUACUACAUGUUAGGUGUAUACAUGCAGCGUUCAUGGAUUGUUCUGUUUAUUUGCUGUGCUCUGCUUUUACCUUUGUAUUUCUCUGCCUCUCCAAUUCUAAAGCUUAUAGGACAGCCCUCAGAUGUGGCAGAGCUAUCAGGGGUAGUUUCCAUGUGUAUGAUACCGAUUCACUUCUGCUUUGCAUUGCAAUUUCCAAUGCAGAGAUUCUUGCAGAGCCAGCUUAAGACUGGUGUGAUUGCUUGGGUAUCUCUUGGAGCCCUGGUGAUCCAUGUGUUGUUGAAUUGGUUGUUUGUAUAUAGGCUUCAGGUUGGACUUUUAGGUACCGCAAUUAUUUUAAACAUCUCUUGGUGGGUAUCGGCGAUUGGGCAUCUGGGUUACGUAGUGUUUGGUGGAUGUCCCUUGACUUGGUCUGGUUUCUCCAUUGAAGCAUUUUCAGGUCUCUGGGAGUUUCUCAAACUCUCUGCUGCCUCUGGUGUCAUGCUCUGCUUGGAAAAUUGGUACUAUAGAAUACUGGUAGUGAUGACUGGAAAUCUAAGCUAUGCUGAGAUAGCCCUGGAUGCUUUGGCUAUAUGCAUGACAAUAAAUGCGUGGCAAAUAAUGAUUCCUUUAGCAUUUUUUGCUGCAACCGGAGUGAGGGUAGCAAAUGAGCUUGGAGCUGGGAAUGGGAGACAAGCCAAGUUUGCCACAUUAGUAUCAGUGACCACAUCCAUUAUAAUUGGCCUCUUCUUUUGGCUUUUAGUUAUGGUUUUCAGCAAUCAGCUUGCACUGAUAUUUUCUUCAAGUGAACCUGUACUUCAACAAGUAGACAAACUCUCUCUCCUUUUGGCCUUCACAAUUCUGCUUAAUAGUAUUCAACCUAUUCUCUCUGGAGUGGCUGUUGGAUGUGGAUGGCAAUCCUAUGUUGCAUACAUAAAUUUGGGUUGCUAUUAUCUUAUCGGAGUGCCUCUUGGAUAUUUCAUGGGUUGGAUUUUCAACCUUGGAGUUAUGGGAAUUUGGGCUGGCAUGAUUGGUGGGUCAGCUAUUCAGACCUUGAUAUUGAUCAUCAUUACCAUGCGAUGUAAUUGGGAGAAAGAGGCCGAGAAAGCAAGUAUGCAAUUAUUGAAGUAGGGAGACGCAAAGCAACAACAAGUGGUGCUUUAUUGAAGCCGGUCUUCAGGCAGCACUUGGCUUUGGCAAGGGAAAUUAUUGGCAGUUGGAAAAGGCUCUUGAUUUUGCAGUGCUUUUGCUUUUACCUCUGUAUUUCUCUGCCUCUUGCUAUGCUCUGCUUUUAUCUCUGUAUUUCUCUGCCUCUCCAAUUCUAAAGCUUAUAUGACAGCCUUCAGAUGCGGCAGAGCUGUCAGGGCUAGUCUUCCUGACAAAAGGACCAAAAAAUUGUUAUUACUAUUGGAACAAAACAGUGCGGCCAUGAUUGGAUUCUUUCGGCUUUUUGGGCCUUAGCAUCAAUUUCUCGCUGGCAUCUUCAUUUAUCUCAUUGACCGAUGCCAGAAUAGAUAUGUUGACGUGGAUCUUUUAUUUUAGCUUAUUUAGCUCUUUUUAUUUGUUUAGUGUUCCUUA